UUGAUUCGAUAUUCUAUAGAUUUUCGGUACAGUGAAAAACCCACGCUCCUCCUCCUCCUCCUCCUCUUCCUUCUUCUACAGAUCGAUUCUUCGAUUUCUGAACUUAGGGCUUUAUUGGCGAGUUUUCCCAUACACAUUGCUGCUGCUUGUUUCUUCUUUUACGAACAAGAAGGCGAUCGCCAUUUCAUUCACAGUGAAGAAAUGGAUGAGGAAAUGGAGGUUGAGCCGGUUGUUUUUGAGGCUUAUGAAGUUGACAUUGAGUAUGAGUUUGAUGCGGCUAGGUAUUUUGAUUUCACUCGUGAGGAGAGUUUUUAUGAGGCUUCUCAAGCUGAGCUUUGGUUCCAGUCUGCUGGAAGUUACCCUCCUUCUCCGUUUGUAGCGAAACUGUUUUUGAGGGAAGAGUGCCUUUUCGCUAUUGGAAAUGCAUCUAAAAAAUCUGAGGACCAGAAUAACACAGUUGAUUCCCUUAACGGUGGCCUCCAAGAAGGUGGAUCAGUACGCGAGAAUGAAAGAGAUUGCCAAGGAGCAAAUAGAGGAAUCUUCACCAACUUGCGGGAUAGAGACGUACAAAAAAUUCACAAUCAACAGCUUCAAUUUACAUCAGGAUCUACAUCACACAAUCAUCUAUCUUUGAACAAACCAAAAGUCAAACCCCCAUCUUAUGUCAAACCAUCUAAACCCCGGGGGACUACUCUGAUGAAACCAACAGCAAGCCACUUGGCGAGACAAAAUUUCCCUACUCAUUAUACUGAUACCAAGUUGCAGAGAGUACUUGUUAAGAACAAUGAGACAAGUGUCUGUAGCUCUGGAAUCGAAAGUCAAGCUAUCAAGAAGCAGAAGUUGGAUGGAGGUCACUCACGUAAGGUGAACGAAAUAAAGCAACAGACUAGUUUUGUCCACAAGCUUCCCAAACAGGAUGGAGUUGCUGAAAGAACUACUUUGAAUGCCAAACAGAAGAUUACAAUUCCUAGGCAGCCUGACCUUGAAACAGCCCAUAGGGCACAUAGAAUAAGACUGAAAAGUAGGAUGGAAGAAGAUUAUGAGAUACCAACCACUCGAAGAUUUAGAGCCCGCCCGUUAAACAGAAAAAUUUUAGAGGCUCCCUCACUUCCGCUUCCGAAGAAAAGCACUCCCAAAUUGCCCGAGUUUCAAGAAUUUCAUUUGAGAACGUUGGAGAGGGCCAUGCAAAAUACUUCGGCUGUUUCGUCUUCAGCCUUUCAUCACGAUUAUUCUGACAUUACAGUCACUAGAAAUUUGGAGUCCAGAAGAUCAAAUGCGAUUGAUGAUCAAAAGAAUGAUGAGUAUCAUGUAAUGCAAAAUUUCAAGGCAUGCCCUCUUAAUAGGAAGAUAUUUUCAAGUAAAGGUGAAAUGGGUGUUUUUAGAAAUAGCAAGCAGGAAACCACAAUACCAAUGGAAUUUAAAUUCCAUAACGAGAAGAGAAUUCUCCAACCACCAACAGAACUUUUCAACAAGCUUUCGCUGACAUCUCAACUCCAUUCAAAUAAUGGACCCUUGACAAAAGUUCCUUCCCGUCCAUCCAUACCUUUGAAGAGCUCAAAGGAAAAUAAUUCGGUGUUAUUUCAACCAGAACAUAAGAUAACUCAAUUGGUGAAAGAAACACCUGCAAUUGCAGCAAAGCAGAUUUAUAUGGGAAAUAACGGAUGCAUAUCUGAUUCCUGCAACAAUCAGUUGACCGUGAGGAAUCCAGGAAUUCGCUAAGCACAUUCAAAAUUCCGAGAGAAUGGUUUCUUUCUACUGGGGCAUCUGAUUUUUGGUUUCAGCAAUUAAAUAGAAACCAUUACAUGAUGUUGAUAACAACAGUACAGAAAAGGUUGUCGAGCUAUUUUUUCUUCAUAGAAAUCAAUUGAAGUCCAUAAUAGUACAGGAAAAGUUGUCAAACAGUUGUUUCUCUAGAUUUAUCUAACCCCCAACUCCUUAUGUUCCCCCAACUUGUAUCCAAAUCCAAAUAAAAGUAUGCAAGUUUUCUGAAUAUGUAUAGCCCUCAUCCCCCCCUUCUUUGUACCCCUCGUAAAUGUAUUGUUUGCAACUUGAAAAAAUAUAGAUACACAGCUUCAUCUUCACAGUUA